AUUAGUUCUGAUGCCUUCUGAACGCUGAAGAACCCCUCCUUCCACUAUCUAUAUCCCACCUGUCUUCUUAAGUCUCUCUUCCACCUUGGAACUCUCAACCGAUUAUCUACAUGUCAGCGUGGAUUUACCCCGCAUCGACGCUGGUCUCGAGUGGCGGCCUCUCCACACUAUAGAGUAAUCGUCCCAAAGUUGGAAUUGAACACAGCAACAUGGCCCCUGGAAUCCUCAGCUCGUCACCACCCGCAGUGCCGUCUAAGGCUGUUUCUUUGGCCCAGCUCACUGAAGAAUGGGACGACACUAUUCGGUUCUACCUCAACGGCACGAAAGUAAUCCUCGACUCCAUCAAUCCCGAGACCACGUUAUUGGAGUACCUCAGAGGAAUCGGUUUGACAGGAACAAAGCUGGGUUGUGCUGAAGGAGGCUGUGGUGCUUGCACUGUCGUGGUUUCCCAUAUCAACCCGACUACGAAGAAGCUGUAUCAUGCGUCGGUAAAUGCUUGCCUUGCGCCACUCAUCAGCGUGGACGGGAAGCAUGUCGUUACUGUGGAGGGAAUCGGGGAUGUGAAGAACCCCCAUGCGAUUCAACAACGGCUCGCACUCGGUAAUGGUAGCCAGUGUGGUUUUUGCACGCCGGGCAUCGUGAUGAGUCUCUACGCCCUCCUGCGCAACAACCCAGAACCAUCUGAACAUGACGUGGAAGAGGCAUUUGAUGGGAACUUGUGUCGUUGCACAGGGUAUAGACCUAUCUUGGAUGCAGCCCAAAGCUUCUCUGCACCGAAAGGUUGCGGGAUGUCUUCAGCAAACGGAGGGUCAGGGUGUUGCAUGGAGAAGAAAGGUGGCUCGGGAGGCUGUUGCAAGCAAAACUCGGCCGACCCCAUCAAGGACGACAACACACAGAAGUUCACCCCCCCUGAGUUCAUUGAUUACAGGCCAGACACUGAACUCAUCUUCCCACCUUCUCUUCGGAAGCAUCAAUUUCGGGCUUUGGCUCUGGGAAACAAGAAGAAGAAGUGGUACCGACCAGUGACUUUGGAGCAGCUCUUGGAGAUCAAGGCUGUGCACCCUGACGCUAAGAUCAUUGGCGGCAGUACGGAGACGCAAAUUGAAGUCAAAUUCAAAGCUAUGAAAUAUAGUGCCUCCGUAUAUGUUGGCGACAUCCAGGAACUGCGUCAAUAUACGCUGCGGGACAACUAUCUGGAACUCGGGGCCAACGUGUCUUUGACCGACCUUGAGAGAGUUUGUGACGAAGCAAUCGAUCGAUAUGGGCCUGCGCGCGGACAGGCAUUCAAUGCCAUCAAGAAGCAGCUCCUAUAUUUUGCCGGAAGACAGAUUAGAAACGUUGCCUCUCCUGCGGGCAAUUUGGCUACCGCUUCGCCAAUCUCUGAUCUCAACCCAGUGUUCGUCGCCACGAGGUCAACCCUUGUAGCGAAAUCGCUUGGACAGACUAUUGAGAUACCAAUGGAUCAGUUCUUCAAAGGUUACCGAACUACAGCUCUCCCUCAAGAUGCCAUCAUCGCUAGUUUGCGAAUCCCAAUUGCGGAUAAGGAGGGCGAAUACAUAAGAGCUUAUAAACAGUCCAAGCGGAAGGACGAUGAUAUUGCCAUUGUCAAUGCAGCUCUACGCGUGUCUCUCUCGGAAUCGCACAUUGUCAAGAAUGUGAACCUUGUCUUCGGUGGCCUCGCACCCAUGACUGUGUCCGCACGAAACGCAGAGGCAUUCUUGGUGGGCAAGAAAUUCACAAGCCCCGCAACCCUUGAAGGUACUAUGGCUGCCCUGGAACAGGACUUUGAUUUGAAGUUUGGAGUUCCUGGUGGAAUGGCGACUUACCGCAAGUCUCUUGCUCUGGGUUUCUUCUAUCGAUUUUACCACGACAUCUUGUCUAAGAUCGAAGUCAAGAAUGCGGACAUUGACGAGGAUGUCAUUGCAGAGAUUGAACGGGCGAUCUCUACUGGAGAAAAGGAUCACGAGGCCUCUGCGGCGUAUCAACAAAAGAUUCUAGGAAGAGCCGGCCCGCAUUUCUCCGCCCUGAAGCAAGCCACGGGGGAGGCUCAAUAUACCGAUGACAUGCCCACAUAUCAGAACGAAUUGUAUGGCUGCAUGGUGCUGUCGACCAAGGCGCAUGCCAAACUUCUCAAUGUUGAUCCUACCGAUGCUCUGGAUAUCCCUGGGGUUAUUGACUACGUGGACCACACGGAUCUUCCAAAUCCAGGAGCUAAUUAUUGGGGAGCACCAAACGCUGACGAGCUUUUCUUUGCUGUGGACGAGGUUACCACUGCUGGUCAGCCUAUCGGUAUGGUUCUGGCGACUUCGGCCAAGAUCGCUGAGGAAGCUGCUCGGGUUGUCAAGGUGGAAUACGAGGACCUGCCGGUCAUUCUCUCGAUUGAAGAGGCCAUACAGGCAGAAUCGUUCUUCGAACAUUACCGUUACAUCCAGUGCGGCGAUGUCGAAAAGGCAUUUGAUGAAGCAGCUCACGUCUUCACUGGAGAAUCGAAAAUGGGCGGUCAGGAGCAUUUUUACCUUGAGACGCAGGCGUGUGUCGUCAUACCCAAGAACGAAGAUGGCGAGAUGGAGGUCUGGAGUGGCACGCAGAAUCCUACAGAAACGCAAACAUAUGUCGCUCAGGUUUCUGGUGUAGCAGCCAACAAGAUUGUUUCCCGGGUAAAACGGCUCGGUGGUGGUUUUGGUGGGAAGGAAACUCGAUCGGUUCAGCUGGCCGGUAUCUGCGCGACAGCUGCGGCGAAGCUGAAGCGCCCAGUUCGGUGCAUGCUUGAUCGCGACGAAGACAUUGUCACCUCAGGCCAGCGUCAUCCCUUUUAUUGUCGUUGGAAGGUCGCAGUGACCAAAGAGGGCAAAUUGCUUGCACUUGACGCCGAUGUCUAUGCCAAUGGCGGCCACACACAAGAUCUCUCUGGCGCGGUUGUGGAGAGAAGUUUGUCACAUAUCGACGGUGUAUACCGCUUUCCGAAUGUCUACGUUCGUGGCCGCAUCUGCAAGACGAACACUGUUUCCAAUACGGCCUUCCGCGGGUUCGGCGGUCCGCAGGGAAUGUUCUUUGCAGAGAGCAUCAUGGAAGAGGUUGCGGAUUACUUGAACGUUCCUGUUGAAGAGUUUCGACUUCAAAACAUGUACAAGCCCGGUGACAAGACGCACUAUAACCAGGAACUCAAAGACUGGCAUGUGCCGUUGAUGUAUAACCAGGUUUUGGAGGAGAGCUCUUAUGCAGAACGUCGCAAGGCGGUGACUGAAUACAACAAAAAACACAAAUGGUCGAAACGCGGAAUGGCCAUCAUCCCAACCAAGUUUGGUAUCUCUUUCACGGCGCUAUUUCUGAACCAAGCUGGCGCUCUGGUACACAUCUACCACGACGGGAGUGUGCUUGUCGCCCAUGGCGGAGUGGAGAUGGGCCAGGGUCUGCACACGAAGAUGACGAUGAUCGCCGCCGAAGCACUAGGUGUACCUCAAUCCAAUGUCUUCAUCUCCGAGACCUCCACCAACACGGUGGCCAACACGUCCUCUACUGCUGCCUCCGCCAGCUCGGACCUGAACGGCUACGCUAUCUUCAAUGCAUGCGAGCAGCUCAACGAGCGGCUUAAGCCUUACCGAGAGAACAUGCCCGGAGCGACCAUGAAAGAGCUCGCGCACGCCGCGUACUUUGACCGGGUCAAUCUCUCCGCACAGGGUUACUACCGCACCCCGGACAUCGGGUACGUCUGGGGCCAGAACACGGGCCAGAUGUUCUUCUACUUCACGCAGGGUGUCACCGCCGCAGAGGUGCAGCUCGACACUUUGACGGGGGAUUGGACCCCGCUCCGCGCCGAUAUCAAAAUGGACGUCGGUCGCACCAUCAACCCAGCCAUCGACUACGGCCAGAUCGAGGGCGCCUUCAUCCAGGGCCAGGGCCUCUUCACGACUGAGGAGAGCUUGUGGCACCGCGCCUCGGGCCAGAUCUUCACCAAGGGCCCCGGCAACUACAAGAUCCCGGGCUUCCGUGACAUUCCGCAGGUAUUUAACGUUAGCCUGCUCAAGGGCGUCGAGUGGGAAAACUUGCGCACCAUUCAGCGCUCCCGGGGUGUCGGCGAGCCCCCGCUGUUCAUGGGCAGCGCCGUCUUCUUUGCUAUCCGUGAUGCGCUCAAGGCCGCCCGCCGCCAGUGGAAUGUGCACGAGGUGCUGCGGUUGGAGAGCCCGGCUACCCCCGAGCGGAUCCGGGUGAGCUGUGCGGAUCCCAUUAUUGAGAGGGUGCGCGUUGUGCCGCAGGAGGGCGAGAAGAGCUUCUUUGUUGCCAUCUAAUCGGGGAUGUGGGGUUGAAGUCUUGCAUAUAUCAUGAAUCUUAUGACUCGCG